GUGUGGGAUAUUCCCGAUAGUUUUUUGUAUCAGUGACGGCCGGGCGUUAAUCGACUUCUGUGACGUGUCCCUGGAUGGCUAAUGGGAAGGAAAUGAGGCAAAAAUAGCAUCGUUUCUUUUGAUACUUAUUGCGGGAGACGGUGUCGCGUCUAAGCCAUAAUAAUAUAAUACACAUCUGAAGGUAGUUUGAAGAAGAUUGUGAGAGAGAGGUGUGUGCGGAAGAGAGCUUGUUUAUUUUUGGUCUAUUUCUGAGCUUGAAGAAGUCGCUGCAUAACACCGACACCGUGUGACCUGUACAAUAUUUUUUACACUUUGUUGGGUUGUGCCAGCGGGGAAAAGGAAGGCUUACUGACCGGGUUAUACAAGUACAGAUAAGCGAGUUUGCAGUCUGAGUGACUUCAUUAGGGAAAAUUAUCAACCUGGACGAUAUUGGACGCGCAUUAAAACGGUGGUUCCACCUUAUCUCGUAUUUCAGCAGUUAUCAGCAGAAGAAGCCAUCAUCGUUACCUGCAAAGAAGAGACUCGUCGCCGGCCUUAAAACAGUUUGUUUACAGCGGUUUAUACUAGGAAUAAGGUGUGAAUAUUAGCAGUGAAAAUAACCCCAUAAGCAGUUAUAAGUGAGGAGUGUGGGAAUUUCGUCAUGCCGAAAUACUACAAGGUCGAGAUCAACAAAACGGAAUGGGAAGUACCGGAAAAGUACCAGAUGCUGACCCCGGUAGGGAGUGGUGCCUAUGGGCAAGUUUGUUCGGCCACCGAUAGCCAGCACAACGCCAAGGUGGCCAUCAAGAAGCUGGCGCGCCCAUUCCAGUCGGCGGUACACGCUAAGCGAACGUACCGCGAACUUCGCAUGCUGAAGCACAUGAACCACGAGAACAUCAUCGGGCUGCUGGACGUGUUCCACCCCGGUGGGAACACCCUGGACUCGUUCCAGCAGGUCUACAUGGUGACGCACCUGAUGGGGGCCGACCUGAACAACAUCAUCCGAACGCAGCGCCUCUCCGACGACCAUGUGCAGUUUCUAGUCUACCAGAUAUUGCGUGGCCUUAAGUACAUUCACAGCGCCGGUAUUAUACACAGGGAUUUAAAGCCGUCCAACAUUGCCGUCAACGAAGAUUGCGAGCUUAAAAUUCUCGACUUUGGUCUGGCCCGACCAACGGAGAACGAAAUGACCGGUUACGUGGCGACCCGGUGGUACCGGGCGCCGGAGAUCAUGCUCAACUGGAUGCACUACAACCAAACGGUGGACAUCUGGUCCGUCGGGUGCAUCAUGGCCGAACUGCUGACCAGCCGGACGCUCUUCCCCGGCACGGACCACAUCGAUCACCUCACGCGCAUCAUGUUCUUCUGCGGGACACCCGGAGACGAGCUGAUGCAAAAGAUCACUAGCGAAGAGGCAAGACACUACAUUCGAUCCCUACCGAAAACGGAGAAACGGAACUUUAGUGACGUCUUUCGAGGUGCCAACCCGUUGGCUAUCGAUUUGCUAGAGAAGAUGCUGGAACUGGACGCUGAUAAGCGUAUUACCGCCGAACAGGCGUUAGCUCAUCCAUAUUUGGAGAAAUACGCCGAUCCAACUGACGAACCAACAUCCUCGCUAUAUGAUCAGAGCUUUGAGGACAUGGAUUUGCCCGUGGAAAAAUGGAAAGAACUUGUUUUCCAAGAGGUCGUAAACUUCGUGCCCCAGCAGCAUGCGCACAUCGGUGGUGAUGCCCAGUGAAGAUGCAACUUGCUCUAAAACCCCUAAACACGACGGAAAAGUCAUUAUUACAAAUCUAGCUUCUAAUCAAAACACCUUACAAAGCAUAUAGCAGCGAAACAGUGAAUGGCGAUCGAUUAAUCUUGGUUAAGAAUACGUGGCAAAGUGCGUACAACUAAAUAUGUACAACAACACAAGAAAACAAAA